CAAGUUUCUGAUCUUAUGCAUUAUAAUAUAAUCUGUUUAAGAGCGAAGUGAAUUUUCAUUGCACAUGUAUAUCUAACUGACUCCAAAAUGUCGUCUUCACGCAGCGCAAGUCUCUUAGCCAAGCACCCCAUCUCGAGGGCGACUCUGGCCUCCUCACGAUGGUCGACAACGCAGCAUCACAAAAUGCAUAGAUUACGGACCAACAUAUCCUGCUCGCACUUCUCAACGUCAAGACCUCAAAGGAUCAUGGACUUGUCCGGUUUCACUGAGGAGCAGUUAACUGUCCGAGAGGCGGUGUCACAAAUAUGCUCCAAAUUUCCUGCGACGUAUUGGCAAGAAAGCGACCAAGAAGAGAGGGACCCGAAGGAAUUUCAUGCAGCUUUAGCAAAAGACGGAUGGCUGGGAAUUGCCUUGCCUGAAGAGCUUGGUGGCUCUGGCUUAGGGAUCUCCGAAGCAACAAUGAUGAUGCAGACUAUCACCCAGUCUGGAGCUGGUAUGGCUGGUGCACAGUCAAUUCAUGCCAAUGUCUAUGCAACACAGCCAUUGGCAAAGUUUGGAAGUAAAGAACAGGUUGGAAGAAUCAUACCGAACAUCAUCAACGGCAACUGGCGAACGUGUUUUGGUGUCACUGAGCCUAAUACUGGUCUCGAUACACUUAAACUGAAAACACUGGCUAAGAAAUCCAGAGAUGGCGGCUCAUAUCUUGUUUCUGGCCAAAAGAUUUGGAUCACUUGUGCCCAGCAGGCAUCGAUCAUGAUCUUACUAGCACGAACAACUCCACUAGAAGAGACUAAGAAGCCCACAGAAGGUCUAUCUAUGUUUGCAAUUGACUUAGAUAAGACGAAACCAGGGUUGGAGUUGAAAAAGAUCAAAAAAAUGGGUGGCCGUGCAGUGGACGCGAAUGAAGUGUUCUUCGACAACUACGAAAUACCCGCCAAUUCUCUGGUUGGAAACGAGAACGACGGGUUCAAGAUUAUCCUACAUGGUAUGAAUGCCGAACGGUGCCUACUAGCUGGUGAGGCUCUUGGGUUAGGGUAUGCCGCUCUAGAAAAAGCAACUCAAUACGCCCAAGAAAGGAAUGUCUUUGGACGACCGAUUGGCAAGAACCAGGCCAUUGCUCACCCGCUCGCCGACGCUUACAUGAAAUUGGAGGCAGCCAAGCUUGCCACUUAUCACGCUGCUCGCAUGUACGAUGCCUCCAAAAAGGAGGGCUCAAUCUCUUUCCAGGCCGUUGGGACUGCUUGUAAUAGUGCGAAAUAUUUGGCUGCUGAAGCCGCCUAUACUGCCUGCGAGCGUGCCGUGAUGACACAUGGAGGUAUGGGAUAUGCUGUGGAAUAUGACGUCGAGAGGUGGUUGCGAGAAUGCUUUGUACCACGCAUUGCACCCGUUAGCCGCGAAAUGAUUCUAAAUUACGUUAGCGAGAAGGUUCUGCAACUUCCUAGAAGCUACUAA